UAACAGGACUUGACAAUAAUACUAGCUUAUAUACAAUGUUUUCAUUGGCAAUCGAUGUAAUCCUGCGCGUGUUACCGGUGUAGCCAUGAUUUUAGGAAGGAAGUAGAACCUUUAAUAGAAGCAUUUAAAACACAAUCGGACUACGUAUCUCGCAUUUGCAAGCACAGACGGUUCCUCCCGCAAAACUUUUAUGGAAAAGUUUUAAAAUGACAGAACUUAAAGACACACAUUCCAGCAUGGAUAUUUCGCUUGUCAUGGACAGUGAACGAGAACUUCGUAGCCGGAUUGUACAGAUGAGAAAACUUCUUUACGUCGCAUUCGGUCUAGGUAUUGCAAGUGCUGUUGUGUUGAGUGUUGCGCUGCCAACCUUGUGUGCGAUCGUCGGGUCGCACAAAUCGCGUAUUGACCAUCUUACGAGGAACGAAGAGCAGGUCAUAAAAAUGUCGACUUUUGAAGGCUCAAGCUCAACUAAAUAUUCGAACACACAAGACAAGGUUAUAACAGUUCCGGAACCACCAAGUUUUUUCACUUUGUACAGCCGUUGGGGGCGCAUCGAAUGCCCAGAGACUGCCGAACUAGUAUACAAAGGUGUGAUGGCUGGGGCACCGUAUGGUAACGCUGGAAGUGGCUCCAAUUUUCUUUGUCUUCCAGACAAUCCAACGUACAAUUUUACGGUAGAGGGGCGUCAAGGUGAGAGGGGAACAAUCUAUGGUACCGAAUACAGACUGGGGGAUCGUCUAUUCAAGCCGUUGAAUGAUCUUCACACACACGAUGUUCCCUGUGCCAUUUGCCAAGCCCCACGAAGCGUCACCCUUAUGAUGCCGGCUGAUACAGAGUGCCCAAGCGGAUGGAAGAAGGAAUACGAUGGAUAUCUGAUGUCUUCUAAGUUCGAUCACAAGCGGGGUGAAUAUGUUUGUGUCGAUAGUAACCCCACUGCGAUACCUGGUACGAAAGCAGUGGUUCCAACAAGUCAGGUUAGCAUGUUGUAUCUCGUUGAAAGCAGGUGUUCGACCUCAGGCGGCGGCUUACCUUGCCUGCCGUACAAAGACAACUUGGAGUUAGCUUGCGCAGUUUGCACGCGAUAAAGUUUAGGAAUUUUAACAUCGAACUUUUUUUUUUAAAUUUCCUACAUGUUCUUUUAUCAGUGGAUCCCAUCCACGAUCGUCUGAAACUCAUUAUCUACAUUGCGGCACACAUAUCAAUUGAUUAAAAAAAAAACCCUACCCUUACAAGAUUUUAGAAUAGAAAUACGUUUCAUAUUAACAUUUAUUUUGAUAACCGUCUGUAUAUAUAUUGUUAUUUCUGAAUAAAGUUUUGAAAUACAAAUCUAAA